AUGCGUGGUCACUCGCCCUCACGUCGCCACCCCCCUUCUUCUUUUCCUGCCUCAUCUCUUUCGCCUUGCUGCUCGCCUCCAUCUUCUCUUCGUUCUCGCUCGCGUGCACUCGCGUCGUUCUCCGCUCGGCGACCUGCGCGAGAGUCAGACCGCUCCCUCCACCGCGAGACGCGCCGACGAAGUUCGGUCGAGGAGAACUCACGCAGAGGAAAUCCAAGGAGUUCUGUCGAAUCUUCGCACUCGUCGUCUCCGUGCUCGUCACCCUUGAAGACGUCUCGCUCGUCUCUUCUCUCCUUUUCUACCUCUCGUCGUCUGGCGAAUCUCACGCCCACAUCCUCUUCGUCCUCGUCUCCCUCGAGAGAUCAGUCGCGCCGUAGCCCGACCGACACGAGACAUAAGAAGAGUCCGCCUCGGAGGCACUCGCGGCGGUUUUACUCUUCCUCGUCUUCCUCUGUGUCGCGUUCUUCCUCGCCUGCGCCGGCGCCGCCGUCUCCUACGCACAGCCGUCUUUCGGCUCACAGAGGCAGAGAAGAAAGAAGUCGACGGCAGCGGCCUUUACUGAGCCCGAGCUCGCCAGCGCCCAGAAUCCCUGAAAAUGUCUCUGCGACCCAGGUGCCACAGGAAGGUUCUCGUCGCCCAUUUCAGGCGAGACUGAGAGCCGCAGACCUUCUUUGUUCGCCUCCGCCCUCUCCGUCUUCGGUUACUUCUUUUCGCACGCGACGGGUUUCCUCUGUAGAAACAGGAGGCAAGGAGAAGCCUGAAGACACCUGCUCCAACUCGUCCACGGUUACAGGGCCUCCUGCCUUUUCGUCGCACCCGCCUUCGUCUGCUUCUCAAUUGUCCUCCGCCUCCUGGCGCUUCUUCUCGUCUCCCUCACUCCGCCAGCUGUACGAGCGAUCCCACGAGACGACAAAACGCUACACCUCUCGCGCAGAAGACGCAGCUAAGGAGCCCCAGGACUUCCGGCUGCCUUCGUCGCGAUUGCUGCAGCCGCCACUCGUCUCUUCUCACACGUCCUUGUCUCGCGCGGAGAGGGCGGACAGCGCCGCUGCCCCCCCCGCUUCUCGGCGAGCCGGCACCGCAUCUUCGUUGUCUUCCUCCGCUGCUUUUUCGGCGCUGGCCUCAAACAGGCACGAGGAACAGCACGCCAUGACGGGCACCGCAAGCGACGAGGCGCUUGACGUUCGCGUCAAGAACCUGCAAGAAAAAGCUGCGCAGCUGAAAUUUGCCUACCAUACCCGCUCCAAGCUGCAGCAGCAGGAGCUGAACUCGCUGCACGACGCAGUCGCAGCCCUGCGUCUGCGCCGAGACUUGCCAGUCGCGGGUUUCCUGGCGAACUCGCACAUGGCUGAGCGGCUGGUAAAGGACGAGCUGCAGGCGACCCAGCACGCGCGGCUGACCUUCGCAGAGCAGUGCGCCAACGACAUGGACUGCAUGCUCCAGGGCGUGCGAGAUCUCCACAGAAACACCUUCGAGAAAGCGAGCUCGCAUCGAGGACCCGAGCCCGCAUUGGAUGAGAUUGAUGAAGCCCUUCAAGGCUGUCGCGAGGUUCUGCGCGCCUUAGCCGAGUCUAGGAAGUCCGUAGAGGCGUCGCUGCGGAGGCACGUCUCAGAAGCCUUCGAACGCGUGAAGGAGACCAUGACUCAGGAGCAUCGCAUUUGUCAAGACGCGCAGGCCUCCAUGACCAAAAUGCUGGAGGAUCUCCGCCAGCAAGCGCGGAACGACAUUCGCGCCAGUCGAGAAAACCGCGAGCAAGUGGAGGAGCAGAUUCUGCAGCUGCUUGAGGACGCGUGCGUCAAAGUCGAGAACGCCGUCUUGACAAACGGCAACCUCCCGACGAGCGCCCCCCUUGCUUAA